AUGCGAGGAUUUGUACUCUGCUUCUUAGCCAUUGGAGUGACGUCAGCAGCCUCCUCCACGGGUGGUCCCGGUUACCAUGGACCAAUUGAACCAAGCCAUCAAAAAACUGCAAGCGAACUCGCAGUAUGUUCCCGCCUUGUCGUCGCCGACCCGAUCGUGCACUUCACAGAACAAGAAAAACAGCAACUCCUCAAUUUCGUGAACAAAUGCGCUAAGGGAGAAAUCAAUGUAACGAACAAGGAGCAACUACUGAGUAGCUUGCAGAAGAAACUUGGUUUCGCAGAUGCCGCUAGCUUUGCUCAGCAGUUCCCCGAAAUAUCGCACUUCUUGGUAGCGGCGCCUGCUGUACAAGAGCUCCGGAAGUUUGCGGACAAAUUACCUGACAACAGUACGGCUUACAACGUUGGUUCCUUCUAA